AGCUGGAAGGUGAUAAUGUGUUGACACAGAGAGAAAGAGGGAGAAACACAAAGAGCAUCUACAGCAAGCGGCAACACAGAUUUUUGUGGAAGUGAGGCCGGGCAGGGGUGCAGGAGCCCUGUCCCUCUUGCUUUCCAACCAUGAAGGGCAGACUGAAAGGAGCCUGGAUUCUCUCCUUGCUCUUGGCUAGUUUAUUUCAGCCCAGCCUGGGACAGGCACAACAGAAGAUUUUGACAGGACUUCAGUUAUCUCAUCAAUAUGAGGAAGCAAGAUCCUGCCCGCAUGCUCCUAAUUCUCAACCGAUCCCAGAUCGAGCCAAGGUGGAUUGCUAUGACUCAGUUCAAGGAUCAGCCCAUGAUUAUGGGGCUCUCUCUAUAACUGGUGAUUACAUCGCCUUCCGGAAUUAUGUGGGGAAGUAUAUCCUCUUUGUAAAUGUGGCCACUUUCUGAGGACUCACAGCACAAUAUCUUGAACUGAAUGCACUACAAACUUCACUGGGAAUUGACCGACUGGUCAUCCUAGGCUUCCCAUGCAAUCAAUUUGGAAAACAAGAACCUGGACAGAAUUCUGAAAUCCUUCAAGGAAUAAAAUAUGUCAGACCAGGGGGAGGCUUUGUCCCCAAUUUCCAACUCUUUCAAAAAAUCGAUGUAAAUGGGGAAAAUGAACAUAAAAUUUACACCUUCCUGAAGAACUCCUGUCCACCAGUUGUGGAAACUUUUGGUGACCCGGCGAGACUCUUCUGGGCACCUAUGAAGAUCCAUGACAUUAAGUGGAACUUUGAGAAAUUUUUGGUUGAUCCUCAAGGAAAGCCUGUGAUGAGGUGGUUUCACCGGACAAAUGUUUCCACUGUAAAGAAUGAUAUCAUAAGAUACAUGAGGAAAAACACAAAUGGAUAGACUCCAUACAAAUGAAGAUAGAUUCAUGGGGGGGGGGGGGGGGACAGGCUGCAGACAUAUCCAGACAUAUUUAUUUUCUUCUGUCAAACAACCGAACAUCCAAAUAUCCUUUAUUCGAAGCUAAAAUAAGGUUGUUAGAAUUUACCUUACAUAGUGCCAAUUUACAUACUAAUAAUUCUAAAUACUAAUAUCAAAAUUCUUAACUAACGUACUUUCAAGCAUAACUUUAUAAAAGCAUGUUGAUCUCAGUUUACUCAACGAAAGCUUUAAUUUCCACAGGAUGGCUCCAAUAUGUAUUGGGAAACCAUUUUAGUAAAUUCUGAUAAUGCUUCAAACAUCCGUUACUUGAGCAUGAGUAACAAGACCAAGAUAAUAUUUUGGUUUUGCAUCUCUAGUAUAUUAUGAUACUAAAGAAAAGUGAAGACUAUUUCUCCCUUUCCUUAUUAACAUAUUGAUGCAGAUUAUACUGUACAAAUUUUAAAAACAACAAAAUUAAGAUGUCUAUGGAGAUUCUCAGUCAUCCAGGUUAUGGUUGUCCCAAAGGUGAUUUUUCAAGAGGCAACUGGACUUUCUGUUUUUUCUUUGAAGAUGUUUCACUUCUCAUCCAAGAAGCUUCUUCAGAGCUGAAGAAGCUUCUUGAAUGAGAAGCGAAAUGUCUUCAAAGAAAAAAGAGAAGGUCAAGUUGCCUCUUAAAAAAGCAUCUUUGGGAAAACAAAAUUAAGAUUUUUUUUUUAAAAAAAAUACAAGCUAUACAUUGGCCAAUUGUGUCACAGUAUUAAAGUUAAUCUAGUUUAUUUUUAGCAAUUUAAACACAUUUCUAACAUUGGAUGAACAUUAAGUACUAUGUUCAUUAAGGGUUUCUCACUUAAUUUUGUUGUUUUAAAUUGCAAUGUUAUUUUGGUUCUAGCAAAAAAAAAAAUUAAUCAGAAUUCAGGCACAUAACCAAGUCUCUUAUGACACCUUAAAGGCUACAGAUUUGUUACUUGUUAAGAAACAGAAAUUGCAUCUGCAAUACAAUCAUGUCCUCACCCUUUGACCCCCUUUCUGCGAUCCUUACUAACUAUCUGGGUUACACCCAGUUCUACUGAAAAUAAGAUGAGCCCUCCAAUAUAGAUGGAUUUAAUACUUUUGGCAUCUCUGGAUAAGUAAAGUUUACCUCCCUUCCUCAAAAUGUAGAAUAGAGACCCCAUCUGGAGAAUUUAUGAACUGGAAUUUCUUAAAUGACUCUCUUUCUGACAGUGGAGGAAAGAGGGGCAAAGGAUUUUGGGGCAAGGAAAAUGCAUCAGAAUGACGGUUAGGUCUGAAAACUCCUUACGAGUGGGACCUGGCCUAAGACUGCAAGGCAGUGGAGUAGUUCUUUAGUGCAUUCAGCUACUUCACUACAACCUUUGCAGAGAUGUAUUUCUUCCUUUUAAUCCCAAGAUCCCAGGCUCUCUAACCUCCACAUCUUCUGUCUAAUAAAAAAAGCAAAUUCUCAGUGCA